UCCCAGCCGGGCUGCGCCGCGCGGAGCGAGAGGAGGCGGGAGAGGAGAGGGCAGAGACGAGCCGGGACGGCGGCGCCUGCCCCUUCCGUCCCGCGAGCCGGCGAAAACGCUCCCCUCGGGCGGCGCGGCGGCAGGCCGGGCCCAGCCCGGGGGCGGCCCCGCAGGAGGCGCCCACGACAAAAGGGCUUCCCGGGGCGGCCGUGCCGCGGGGCACCGCCGGGCGCCGCGUCGACAUGGAGCCCGCCAGCGAGACCCACGAGCUCAACGGGCUGGCGGAGGGCGCGCAGCCGGCGGCCGCCGAGCGGAGCAGAGUUUCACAGUGGUUUCAAAGAAAUGGACCUAUGAAUAUCAACCACUACGCAAAUAAGAAGAGUGCUGCUGAGAGCAUGUUGGACAUAGCCCUGCUGAUGGCCAAUGCGUCCCAGCUGAAAGCCGUGAUGGAGCAAGGACCUUCCUUUUCUUUCUACGUUCCACUGAUCGUUCUUAUCAGUGUAUCACUCACACUGCAAGUUGCAGUGGGAGUGCUCCUGAUAUUCCUUGUAAAAAAUGACCUUAACAACCCUGCAAAACACAGUAAGCUGGAUUUCCUCAACAACCUUGCAACUGGACUAGUAUUCAUUAUAGUAGUUGUGAAUAUUUUUAUCACUGCCUUUGGAGUGCAGAAGCCAGUGGCCGAGUCAGCUUCAAGACACUAAGUACAAGAGAUCUGAAGUAUUCAUUUUCCUCUAGAUGCCAUUUGCACUUGAACUGGUAACACUUGGACACAAUAAAAAUAAUCAGAAGGAGCUGGACACGGAACAGUUUCCCCAAGUUUCUGUCAACAGACAUUUGUGUGCCUACAGCUUUGCAAGGUGUUAAUAUUUCAACCUUCUGGCAUCUAAUGAAUGGUUCAUUUUGACCCACUGACUUGACUUUUCUGGAUUCUGUGAUUUCAACUUUUAUAUGAACUAGUUGUUUUUCAGAUAAGUAGUAUAAAUUCAAACAGGUAAAAAUCAACUGAUGGUAUCUACUUCAGACUUCCAGGCUUGCCAUUUUCUGCGCCUCUUGUUUUCUGCAGCAAUUUGACAUUUCCAAUGUGGCAAGAAACUUCAGGCCCUCAGCUCUGGCAUGGUCACGUUGUCCUUAAUUUCACUCGGUUGGCACCUAGCCUGUGGUAUUGCACAGCACAGCAGUGGUUUUCCUGCGCACUGCACCAAGAUAGCUCUGCCUUGUUUUCUGUCCCUCUCCCGGUUCCUCUCUUCAACUAAAGCAAAGAUAAGAAAUAGAAACAGUAGACCAGCUUUGCUCACAGACAGUCAUUUGUUCUGCUUCUUUGUCUCUGGACCACCAUCAAAGCUUCCCUGUCCUUCAUGCACUGACUCACAAAUAACCUCAGCACUCGGUUUUUUCCUCUUAACUGGUAAACUCCAUCUUCCAUGCAAUAUUCAUAGUUCUGGAAAGCCUGUUAAAACUAUCACCAUUUCAAGGCCCAACUGGAAAACUAGGGGGCACAGAACGAACUUUGCUUUCAAAACUGGUGAGAAGGGCCUGACAGCAGUUCAAAUGGCAAAUGAAAGGUUCAUCCUUCUGUAGCCUAUUUUCCUCUUCUUAACACUGACUUCUGCAGUUGUCUUACACUCAGGAGUUAUGGCUAAUAUCUUCAUUAAUUUAUAUAGAUAGAUACAGAGAUAUAGAUAUCUUCAUAGAUUCUUUAUAGAGUCUUACCUGCUGGCUCAGGGACUGACACUUUCUCUAAAUACACUGUUGCUAGCAACAACAGAAGCAUUUCAGCCUUUUUAUUUCCAAACUAUCUGCUAUCAAAAAAAAAGUCAUAGUUUUCUAGAGUGCACUUACUUGUAGAUAAAAAUUUGUACUAAUACAUUUCCUUAUUUUAAAAUAUUUCUUCCUUGUACAUACUAACACAAAUUGACUAACACUGUGCAAGUGUCUCAUCUCAUUUACACUUUCUGAUAACAUUGCUCUCCAUAUCUUUAUUUACUUCUCUCAUACAAGAUUAAUUAACAGAAAACAAGUCUGAAACUUGUGCAAUUAAUUUAAGGCAUAGGCAACAUUUUUUAAUUUUGUAUUUAACCUUUUAAUGCUUGCUUUCCAACUUAACAUAUGUUUUUCAGUAUCUGACAAACAAUAGUUUUAAUUGUGUGUUGUACAGUUUUAAACAUACUACAAAACAGCUACUGGAUGAGGUACUCUGGACAAGUGCUUUUAUUUUUUUUUAAACAAACCAGUGAAUUGUUGAAGGCCUAUUCAUCCAUACUUGUGUUAUGGCAGUUUCAAUGCUCUACAGCAGUGAAUUGACUGGUCAACUAGCAGUGCUGGAAACCUUAAGAUUUUCUUCCCUUCUCAAAAAUAGAUGACUGUAAGCAGAGCCAUUCCAAGCAUAAAAAUUGUGUGGCUCCAUGUCAGACAACGAUCUUGGUAAGAUCCUUGACUGUACCACCUUUGUUGUGUCAGCUUUUUACAUACUGGGAUUAUUUGCCAUGUCUGCGCAUCUGACUUUGCCUGCAUUAGGCUGAGAAAUUCCCUCAUCUGUUUCACUUUCCAUUUCUCUUUCAGUGCUUUGUACACCCUCCCUCAGUUCCUUUCCUGUUUUGCUCUCCUUAAGUUUUUCAGGUCACUCAAGUGAACAAGCUGUUUCAAUAGUUUUCUCCCCUCAGAAAUAUAAUCACUAUUCCUAUAUUGUUGUCCAGCAGAAGCUACCAAGGCUUAUGUGUUCCAUCUCCCUGUUACUUAGGCUGUAGCAAAGGAAAAGAGCUAACUUGAGCCAGAAAACUAGGGUAUGAAACAUCAGGUAAUGACGUAUCUGCUGCAGAUUCGAAUGGACUUUGAGAUGUAGCUUGAAGACGUUCUUAGCUACGUGGAUCUGCACUAAGGGAUAGGUGCCUGUUCUCCUGAGGUCUGCCAGAGCCAGGCUCGGGACAACAAGAGCUUGAAUCCCACAUCCCCGCUGCCUCCUGACCACCUGAAACCGUGACAGCAGCAUCACAGCAGCAAUACUCACGACUUCCAGAGACCUGGUUGCUACUGUCUACUCUAACCACAUGAAAGACUGAUCCUAAAGCCAUCCAUCUGGCUAGAAGAACAUACUGUUCAACGCACAUCUGAAUGUCUUUAUUUAAAUAGAGAAGAUACUGGUUUAUUACAGUAUUUUUUAUUGUGAUUAAAUAAAAUUUGCAAAACAUCUUCAGA